AUGAUUGUGGACAAGUCCUAAUUGUUUGGUUUCUACAGGGAUAUCACCUCACUUGAUCAAGGCGAACAUACCAUUCUUGAGUAUGUCUGGAUUGAUGGUACUGGAAUAAGCAUGAGAUCUAAGGCUAGAGUCCUAAAGAAGAUCGUGACAUGUCUUGAGGAUAUCCCCGAAUGGAAUUACGACGGAUCAUCUUGCCAGCAAGCAAAGACCUUAGCAUCAGAGAUUAUCCUAAAGCCUGUUGCAAUGUAUAGAGAUCCCUUUAGAUUGGCUAACAAUUUACUGGUGCUGUGUGAGACCUACAUUUGGAAGGAUGGCAGAUAUGAGGAAUUAGCCCCAGCUAAUACAAAUUUCAGACACUUCGCUAGACCUAUUUUCGAAUCUGGAAAGAUUGAAAAACCAUGGUUUGGAAUCGAGCAAGAAUAUUCUCUUUUGGAGAACGAUACUAAAUUUGUAAAGCAACCUCUAGGGUGGCCCAGAGGAGGAUUUCCUCAAUCUCAAGGCCCAUACUACUGUUCUGUGGGUGCGACUUAUUGCUUUGGACGAGCAAUCAGUGACGCAAUGAUUAAAGCAUCUAUUUAUUCAGGGCUCAACAUCUCUGGAACUAACAGUGAGGUCAAACCAAGUUAAUGGGAAUACUAAAUCGGACCUUGCGAAGGGAUAGAUAUUGCUGAUCAAAUUUGGAUGUCCAGAUACAUUAUUCAUCGUAUAGCUGAAGAUUUUAAUGUGUCAGUAAGUUUCGAACCCAAACUUUUCAAAGAUUGGAAUGGCGCCGGUUGCCAUACAAAUUAUUCAACAGAGAAAAUGAGAAUGGGAGAAGGAGGUCUGGAGUACGUCUACGACAUUAUCAAUAAGCUUGCUACAAGGCACAUCUAACACAUCGAAUUUUAUGGAGAUAAUUCAAAGAGACUGACUGGGCAUCAUGAGACUUCAAGUAAAGAUACAUUUACAUUUGGAAUUGGAGACAGAUCUGCCUCUGUCAGGAUCCCAACAACUACAGCCUAAAAGAAGCUAGGAUAUAUCGAAGACAGACGUCCAGCCUCAGAUAUGGAUCCAUACAUGGUAUGCGCAAUGAUUGUUGACACAACUUUGCUCGAGAAAUCUAAUGUAGAGUCCCUAAUCCAACACUAUAGAAAGUGGAGACAAGAAGUUUGGGAGUGA